UAGGUGGCCAACAACACUAUUUGUACUCCAGCAAUCGGGCUUAAAGCAGAAAGUGCAGCCAGAUUUAGCUAGCGUCUGUAGAUACCGUUUCAUUCUGUCUACACCGUUGCGGGGGGUUUGUCGGUCGUUGGGUUGCUAGCUAGCUCAAAGCUGGCUUCACUGACCAAACAUGCAGAAAUAUGAAAAGCUUGAAAAAAUUGGAGAAGGUACAUAUGGGACUGUUUUCAAAGCUAAAAACAGAGAAACUCACGAAAUUGUGGCUUUAAAACGGGUCAGACUGGAUGACGACGACGAGGGGGUGCCGAGUUCUGCUUUAAGAGAAAUCUGUCUUCUUAAGGAACUAAAGCAUAAAAACAUUGUCAGACUACACGAUGUGUUGCACAGUGACAAGAAGUUAACAUUGGUUUUUGAAUAUUGUGAUCAGGAUUUGAAGAAAUAUUUUGACAGCUGUAAUGGGGAUCUAGAUCCUGAAACUGUGAAGUCGUUCAUGUACCAACUGUUGAAAGGCCUCGCUUUCUGUCACAGUCGAAAUGUUCUUCACAGAGAUCUGAAACCACAAAAUCUUCUCAUCAACAGAAAUGGGGAAUUGAAGCUUGCUGACUUUGGGUUGGCUCGAGCUUUUGGCAUUCCUGUUAGGUGUUAUUCGGCAGAGGUUGUGACAUUAUGGUACCGACCUCCAGAUGUGUUGUUUGGUGCUAAACUCUAUUCUACCUCUAUUGACAUGUGGUCGGCUGGAUGCAUAUUUGCAGAGCUGGCUAAUGCUGGAAGGCCGCUAUUCCCUGGCAAUGAUGUGGAUGACCAGUUGAAAAGAAUCUUCAGAUUGUUGGGUACACCGACUGAGGAACAGUGGCCAACAAUGACAAAACUUCCUGAUUAUAAGCCAUAUCCCAUGUAUCCAGCCACCACCUCCCUUGUAAAUGUGGUUCCUAAGCUAAGUAGCACAGGAAGGGAUCUACUGCAGAACCUGUUGAAGUGUAAUCCUGUUCAGAGGAUUUCAGCUGAAGAGGCCUUGCAGCACCCCUACUUCGCCGAUUUCUGCCCACCCUAAAAUGCUAAAAUGCCUGUCACUGAGCCACAGCCGCAGGAAUCAAUCAUCCUUCACUCUGUUCGGUCAUUAGGAGCGAUUCCCAACAAGGCAAAUCCCUCGCUGGUAUCCAGACACUCCCAUGCAGUUCAUUCUGUUGUGCCUCUGUGUGGAACAAAGCCCCAGUGGCUCCACUAAGCUUUAUAGUCAUUUAAGUUCAAAGCCUGUUUAAUUUCGUUCAAACACGCCUCCAAGUUAAUUAGCACAAAUAAGGACGGGUGUUAUAUUCAAUACAUUUUAUAGUCAUAGGUUGUCUUUUUUUCCCAGUUUGCAUUGAAUAGUUAAAGCAACAAACUGUUUUAGAUUUAAAAAAAUAAUGUUUCAUUGUAAUCUCUGGUCUGAUCUAAUUUGAUAAAUAUCUUCAGAUGCCUGCGAAUCAAAGUUAUUGUACUUAGUGCAUCAGUCACUCACACGCCUUGUUUAGAUGUAGUUUUUAUUCCUGAUGGAUUGUGUUUUUCUAAGUAGUUUUUGCCAGUUUUCUGUUACUAAUACAGGUCUUGACACCUGUAGAGACAGACGCUGGUGUUUGGCCUGAUAUUUAUAGUUGCCGGUUUGGAAAAACAGUCAAAGGUAAACCAGCUUCGAACAACUAGUUUAGGAACCUUUAUGCCUGAUAUGUGUACACUUCCAGUUUGGAGUUUAUAUAAACUUACCAUUGAUAUGAUGUUUUAAUUUGGGGCUGUUGAUGAAUUAUCUAAGCUAUUUUCCAGGAUGGAUUGCUUAUGGAAUAAAAAAGUAAAUUUUCAAAAAUAAAAAAAAAAGAACCAAGGGCACAAAUAAGAAUUUAUUGUGGGUUAAUAACUAAUCAACACAGGAUGAAAAUUAAACUUACAGACUCCUGUAACCUUGUAGUAAAUUGCACCAGGAUCACAAGCUUUUUUGUUUUCCUCAACAAAUUUCUGGGAAAUAUCCUGGCAGAUUGUUGUUCAUUUAAAGUGCUUGGUCUUCUGGCACUGACUCAGCUCUUCAGCAUACUUCACAAAUAUGAAAUAUAAUCAGGGUUUUCCAAAAGCCUAAUGUUGAGUAAGCUUUAUCCAAUUCAAAACCAGCUUUGAUGUUUGUUUGAAUCACUGUCCUGUUGGAAAGGGUUUUAACCAGUUAGCUGUUGGGUUGAGGUGAAGUUAAAGAUCUCUUUUAUUAUUCUAUCCGCUUUUGACAAUGCAGCAAAAAGCCCCACAGUAAGAUGCUGCCCACACUGUGCUUGACAAUUAGUACAGUUUUCUCAAGUGUUAAAACCCAUUAACAUCUUGCUAUUGAGGUCAAACAGCUCAAUCUUUGUCUUGUCUGACCACAAGACCUUUUCACCUGAAGGUAUUGGACCUGUUUAUGUUUUUAAUUCUGCCAAGCAUAGUUGUCCAAAUUACAGCCAAGAUUAUGCCCCAAGGUUGUUGGUGGCAACAAAAGCGUGUGGUUUAUCUGCUUGCUAUCAUGCAUUAUAUUAGUUGGGAGGUAUAUGUAAAUAUGUGAGCUUUUAUUUAUAACUUUGAUUCUGUGUGAAGGAAAUCCAAUGAUAGAUUCAACGCACUCAAUGCUUGGUUUUUAAAAACCCUUUUAGUUUUGUUUGCAUUUCAUGCUUGAAAAACAAAUGUUUUUUUUAGGUUCUAAUGCAUCAUUAAGGGUCCAAAAUAAAUUAGAUUAAUGUCCAUGAUGAGCGUUUGUAAACUUUCAAACAGAACUGUGUCUGGAUAGACAAAGGCACUAUAUAUAAAUUAUUUUGCACUUUGUUUAUGCCUUAUUAGUGUUCUUGUGAAGCUGUUCCUGUUCCACUUUGGUAAUUUAGAGUUUACAUCCAGGCAGCUUAGCUUGCUUCAAUUACCAGCCUUGUUUAUUAGUAUGCUACAUGCACUGUCCCCACUUUACAUUGAUGCUGACUGCUUACAACCUUUUAACGAACCUCAUAAAUCUGGACUAUCCCAUUUUAAUAGAUAUGCAUGGAAGGGAUUAACAUACAUACACUAAUCAGCUAUAACACAAAUGGACCACCUGCCUUACCAAAUAGGAAGGUGGUCCAUUUGUAAACCUAAUAUCCACAGUAAAAGCCAAGCCAGAUUUUUUUUUUGUUAAAACCCUAUAAUCUGUGUUUAUUCAGUUUACAUCUCAGUGGUCUUGUUUGAUUUGGAUACUUUUCUCCCUUUUGUUACUUAUUACCAGUAAAACUGUUUCUAAUAUGUUGGUUCCCUUGUUAGCCAAUACAGUCCACCAUAGUGUUAACUAAUUUAUCAGAAACUCUGUAGAUGUCUGCUAAUGCUUCCCCCCUAUUGUGUCAGUUUUACUUGUUUUUUAUCAAAUAGGCUCCCAGGAAGUAAGGAUUUCAUUCAGUACUUAUCACAGGGAAGCAGUCACCUUCCUUCUCCAAACUGCUACAGUAAAUUGCAGGAUUUAAUUACUUUUGUCCAGGUUUAAGGUGGGUUUUUUUCCCCCCUCGAGAUGUUCUUGUUUACCCGGAUGUCACUGCUACCAAAUAAACUAUUUCCCAAGAAGAAAAAUGCAGAGAAGGAUGAAAAAGACCACAAGCUAUUUUUACUGCUAGGACUUUACACGUGUACCAUUUCUUGUGUUUUAAAUGCUGAUUCAGAAGUGUUUGUUCCACUGCCCAUUGCAAGAUUGUAUAUUAGCAUGAAAAGCAACUUUAUUAAUAUAAUUUUUUAUUCUCAGGCUUUUUAUUUCCAUCAUUGUAUUUAUAUUUGUGCACUUUGUCACAAGUUAUAAUUAUUACAUGUUAACACUGACAUUUAGAAUAAUACAGUUAUCAAUAAAUAGACCAAUAUUUACAUGAUAGCGACCAUUUGUGAAACAUUUGCUGUUUUGACACUUUUUGUCUGCAAUGCUUUUUUAUGGUUUUCUACUAGUUUAAAAGGAAAAAAACAUAUUCUGUAAGCCAUUGUUUUGCACCAUGAGCUUUUUCUGUUUUAGUAAUUGCUAUAUCAACAGCUCACUGCUUUAUUUCACUCAACAAAGCCAACAUAUUGAGUGGUAUCUAAAGCAACUGUCUCACUGGGAAAAUCAAUUUUUUUUCCCUCUAAUUUUAAUUAUGUAAAAUAGUUAAUGGGUGCAUGUAUUUAUUAAACAUGGAAUGUCUGUUUUUCAUAAAGAUGUAGCAAAACUUUUAUUUGGGACUGAAACAUACUCUUUGUAGUUACUUAGAAAUGUUGCAUUUUAGUAGCAUUUAAGCUUUUAAAAUGUAUGGACGAUGUGUGCUUUUGAGUUAAAUUAUAAAGAGAAAAACCAAAAGCAUUUGCUUUUAGUGUUUCAUUGUUUUGUGCAUUGCAGCAGCAAUAAGAAACCACUUUUCAAAACUUUGUUUGAAUGAAGGGUGGGUUUUGCUUUUGCUGGUAAAACUUAGGACAAAUAUUGUGACUGUAUGUUAAAGCUACUAAGACUCCAUACUCAGUAAAAUCAACAUGGACACAC